GGAUAAAUUUAUUUUUGAAUUUAUUAUAACGCGGUGCCCGGGACUCGACUGGCCCCUCUGACUAAGUGUGUGUGUGUGUGUGUGGGUGUGUGUGUCUAUGUGCGUGUGUGCCAUGUGGCAGAAGAGGGCUAAAGAAUAUACUGUGACAAUAUUGAGACUUGUGAUUAGAAAUUAUUCGGCAAAAUGGUGCGACGCGCCUCGAGCGUGCCACAUCUAAGCAAUAGCGGUGGCAGUAGCGCCGAUAGCGUCACGGCACGUGGCAGAGCACCAGCUGCAGCAGGUGCAGCAGCUGGACGUGGCAGACGAACAACGGGCGGCAACAAGGCAACAACACCAACGGAACCGCGUCGUCAGAUCUCGGGCAGCAGCAGUGGAUCGAGGAUGCCGCGUUCGCGCAGCUUGACCAAUGGCAUGCGGCGUUUUAGUCCGCAAAAGGGUGGGGGCAGUGGCAGCAGCGGCGGUGGCACUGGAGGCAGCUCACGCAAUACGCCGUACUUUCUGCGUUCCCGUGAAAAUGAAAUUGGCAGUGCGGAUACCUUGGAAGUUGUGGCCUCCAAGUCAACGGGCACGGGCAGCGAAGAGCCCUCCACGCCCGAGGAUAAUAUCAACGUAGUGGUCCGAGUCCGUCCACUGAAUGACAAGGAGAAACGUGACAGGCAUGGAGCAACUUUACAGUUUCCUGGCAAUGGACAAGUCAUCAUCGAGGGCAGUGACACGGGUGCGAAGCGUUCGCAUAAUCGCGACAGUGUACGAGUUUUUACCUAUAAUGUGGUCUUUGAGCCGGGUGCCACUCAGGAGGAUAUACUGGACUACUCGGGCAUAAAGCGCAUCAUUGAGAUGGGCAUAGAGGGGUUCAGCUGCACAGCCUUUUGCUAUGGACAAACGGGUUCCGGCAAAACGCAUACAUUGACCGGCCCGCCGGAUUUGUUUAUGGGCAAGCCGAAUCCAAAGGAUCCGGGUCAUGGUUUGAUCUUCCGCUCGUUUUUGUAUCUCUUCCAGUUGAUUAAGAAUCGCAAGGAUGUUAACUAUGUGCUCAAGGCUUCUUUUAUGGAGAUUUACAAUGAACGGGUAAUCGAUUUGCUUAAUCCGGGAAGUGCACGCAAGCCGCUCGCCGUACGUUGGUCCAAGAAAUCGGGCGGUUUCUUUGUGGAGAAUCUAUUUACCGUUGACUGUGAGGAACUGGACGAUUUGUUGGCUGUCCUGGAGGAGGGCAUGCGAAAUCGUGCUGUGGGCUCGCAUGCGAUGAAUGAUCAUUCAUCCCGUUCGCAUACGAUACUAACAGUACACAUAUUAUCGGAUCAGCAAACCGAUGGCGGCGUCUUUCUCUCCAAACAUGGCAAGAUUAAUUUUGUGGAUUUGGCUGGCAGCGAGUUGACCAAGAAGACGAUGAGCGAGGGCAAAACGCUGGAGGAGGCAAAUAACAUCAACAAGAGCUUAAUGGUUCUGGGCUAUUGCAUCUCAUCGCUGAGUGAUAACAAGAAGAGAUCAGGCCACAUUCCCUACAGGGAUAGUCAGUUGACCAAGUUGCUGGCUGACAGUCUGGCAGGGAACGGUGUAACGCUGAUGAUCGCCUGCGUUUCGCCAGCACAUUAUAAUCAUGCCGAGACGCUGAAUACCCUGCGCUAUGCAUCCCGUGCAAAGCGCAUCCGGACCAAGCCCGUCAUCAUGAUGGAUCCGCGAGAGGCGCUCAUACUCAGUCUGAAGCGGGACGUGCACGCGUUGCAAAUGGAGAAUGAACAUCUGAAGGCGGCCCUGAAUCUGCACCAUCAGUCAGCCCCGAUUGACGGCCUCGCUGGCAACCUAAUCGAGCAGCAAUUGGAGCGGGUUAACACUGGCGAUGGCGGCAUAGCUGUGCCCAAAGUGGAUCUAGAGCGUUUACCCGAACUCGAUGGCACCGAGCUGGCCGAGCUGGUUAAACUCUAUAUGGCCGAAAAUGAAUCUCUACGGCAGGAGAAUAAUCAUUUGUUUACGGUACGCGAAACGAUACUCAGGGAUCAGGAGAUUGUGUGCCGAGAGAACGAACGUUUGCUCAAAAAAUUGGAGGAAGUGAACAAUGUUUGUGUGCGUUCACCGUUAAUACCCGCACGACCUGCAUUCUCACCAACAACUGGCAAAGAAACGCCCGGCACCGAGAUCUGGACAAAUCCGGAACCCAUCUUGGCUGCAGCGAUCUUACCGCUCGAGCAGCGUAUGUCAGAGAAUGCGGAUAAGCGAACGCAUACGGCGCAAAGGCGUAUAGAUGAACAGCGUAUCGCUAGGAAUAUUCUGCUAAUGGCAAAUGCGUUUCGAAAGCCCCAAGCUCAGUUGGAGUCUAGCACCAAAGAUCCAACAGAAGCUCACAAUAAUAAUGAACACAAUGAAACACAGCCAGAUUUAAUGCCCGACAUGCUUACGUAAUACAUCUAUUUAUGCCCAUAUAUAUAUACAUAUAUUUAUAUAAAUACAUAUUUUUGG